AUGGAAAUUACUAUUCCUAAGGGUAAGGAUAGAAGUGAAGAAUUAAAACAGUUUAAAGAGGAAAUGAUUAGAGCAAUAAAAGAGGUUGAAACUGUUCUCCAAGAUAAAGAAAAGGAGAAACAAAACAAGAGAAAGAAUCGAACUAAUGACAAGGUUGGACGGGAAAAAACAAGUGCUAUUGAAAGGAUAGAAGAAUUGAUAACAAAGAAAGGUUUACAAGCCCAAGAUUUAGAAAAGUUUUCUAAUUAUCAAGACCAAAUUGAUAAUCUGAAUAAGAUUUGGGAAGUUCGAGAAUUAAGAGAUAGAAUUAUAGAAGCAGUUAAUAGCCAAAAAACUAAAAGCAGUGGCAGUAAUGAUAAAAAGUCCAAAGGUGAAAGUGGAAAGGGAGAUAAAAAUGACAAUCGACCAACCAGUCAAAAUCAAGAUAAUCAAGAUGACAAGCAAGAAAGAAAGGGGGCAGAAGGGCAGAUACCAAGCAAGUCCGACAAUGACAACCAAAAUGAUAAUCAGAAAGUAGAUUAUAGUAGGUUAACUAGAAAAGAAUUAAUUGACACAAUUAACCAAAAAGAUUUAGAAAAUAGUUCUUUAAAAGAAAUUAUUACGGCAUUAGAAAGAAAAAUUGAAGAAUUGGAAGAAGAAAUAAAAGAGUUGAGAAUGGAAAAUCCUCAAACUUCUGAAAUUAAGCAAGAAAUCUCAAAAAGAGAAACACAAUUAAAGGAAGCCAAAAAUAGUUUAGAGAAAAUUAAUUCUGUUAAUAAUAGUUUUGGCGAAAAUCCUAAUAAUUCUAAUUCUAAUGAUAAAUUCCCUACUGGUUGA